CAGUCUAAACCCUCCUUCUUGGUCCUUUUCCUCACACAAAGCCCCUCAUCUCUCUGUCUCUCUGUCUCUUCCUUCAACAAGGAAGCCACGGGCAACAGCUCUGAAGUGACUCACCCACACUACAGCACUGGUGUUGGCCGCCACGUUCUUGUCGCUGCUCUGCCGUGUGGUUACAUACAAGUCCGAACAAGGUCCAAGAGAAAGUGCAUCAUCACAGUUGUGUUCCACAUUAAUCUUUCUGCACCACCAAAACAAUGAGAAAUGGUCAAACAUCCUGUUACUCCCUUUCUCAACCAGUUUUUGAAUUUCUCAACCAUCAGUCAAUGGAACUCCAGCAUCAGAGAAGCUGUGAACCAUGGUUAUGCUCACAAAGCCCUCACUCUCUUCUGUCAAAUGAAGCAAAAUGGCGUGGAACCAAACAAUUGGACAUUCCCCUUUCUAGCAAAAGCGUGUACCAAGGUCUCCAAUUUCAAAUGUUCCCAAAUCAUUCACAGCCAUGUCAUGAAAUCUCCAUUUUGGUCCGAUGUCUUUGUGCAGACAGCAAUGGUUGACAUGUAUGUCAAAUGCAAUCAGUUAGAUGAUGCGUACAAUUUGUUUGUGAGGAUGUCCAUGAGGGAUGUGGCUUCUUGGAAUGCAAUACUUCAUGGGUUUGCUCAAUCGGGUUUUCUUGAUAGAGUGUCACAUCUUUUGCAUGAUAUGAGGUUUUCAGGGAUUCAGCCUGACUCGGUUACAGUCAUGGGGUUAACUCGGGCAGUUUUGCAUACAAAGAGUUUGAAAUUGGUGAAAUCACUUCAUUCGUUUGCAAUUCAAAUUGGCAUAGAUGUUGAUGUUCUGCUUGCUAACACUUGGAUUGCUGCGUAUGCCAAAUGCGGUGACUUGGGGUUGGCAGAGGUGGUAUUUAAUGAAAUUGACAUAGUUACAAGGACUGUUGUCUCCUGGAACUCCAUGAUUGCAGGGUGUGCAAAUUUUGCGAAUUUCUUUGGCGCUGUUAAUUAUUACAAAUGCAUGCUGCAUGAAGGAUUUAGACCUGAUUUAAGCACCAUUGUUAGUCUACUUUCAUCAUGUGUGCAACCGGAGGCACUAUUUCAAGGUAUGCUGAUUCAUUCUCAUGGAAUCAAAUUGGGCUGUGAUCUCUAUAUAUGUGUGGUCAAUACUCUUGUCUCUAUGUACUCCAAGUGUGGAGAUGUGGAUUCUGCAAGAUUUUUGUUUGACAGCAUGUCUGAUAGAACUUGUGUUUCAUGGACUGUUAUGAUUAGUGGUUAUGCUGAAAAAGGGGAUAUGAAUGAGGCAUUGACCUUGUUUAAUGCCAUGGAAGCCGCUGGUGAUAUACCAGAUUUAGUUACCAUGCUUUCUUUGAUCUCAGGUUGUGGACAAAUAGGGGCACUUGAGCUUGGAAAAUGGAUUGAUAACUAUUCUAUGUCAAAUGGAUUAAAAGAUAAUCUAAUCAUUUGCAAUGCAUUCAUUGACAUGUAUGCAAAGUGUGGUUGUAUAAAUGACGCUCGAGAUCUCUUCUAUGCCAUUCCUGUGAGAAGUCUUGUCUCUUGGACAACUAUGAUUGCAGGUUGUGCUUUAAAUGGAGAAUUUACAAAAGCUUUGAACCUUUUCUCUCAAAUGGUGGAGUUGGGAUUGAAACCAAAUCACAUUACAUUUCUUGCUGCUCUUCAAGCUUGUAGUCAUGGAGGUUUGCUUGAGAAAGGGUGGGAGUACUUUGGUAUGAUGACUAGAAAAUAUAAUAUAAAUCCUGGAGUAGACCAUUAUUCCUGUAUGGUAGAUCUUCUUGGACGAAGAGGAAAACUAAAGGAAGCACUGGAGUUCAUUCACCUCAUGCCUAUCAAGCCUGAUGCGGGCAUAUGGGGUGCAUUGCUUGGUGCUUGCAAGGUUCACUGUAAUGUAGAGAUUGGUGAAUAUGUGUCACAUCUUCUCUUUGAAUUGGAGCCCCAGGUGGCGGUUCCAUAUGCGGAGAUGGCUAACAUAUAUGCAUCAAAAGGAAGGUGGGAUGGGGUUGCGGCAAUAAGAACAAUGAUGAAAUCUAACAAAGUGAGAAAAUCUCCUGGACAAAGCCUCGUUCAAGUAAAAGGGAAGACUCAUAUAUUUACAGUUGAACAUAGAGAUCAUCCUGAAGGCAGGCUUAUAUAUAUGAUGUUGGAUUCUUUAAAUUUGCAUUUGAAGAAAGCAAGAUUGCAACUUUCAUCUGAAGCUGAUAUGAAUUGCAGUGAAGCCACAUUCUUUUCAAGUUGACUAGAAGAAUAAUAUAGCCUUCUCUCUCCUGAAAAUUUCCUUCCCAAUGAUAUUUAUACACAAUUUUAUUGAAGCUUUUCUGGCAACUAAAGAAAAUAUUUCAAUAUAUAAUCAAAAUUGAAUAAUAAGAAAAUUGAUGGUAAAUGUAAAUGAAUAAAAAAAAAAUUUAAGGUACAUGUCAGAAUGUACAUCGGGAAAGACCAACUUUUUUAUAUUAAAAAGUAAAGAUUAUAAUACAUCAUAAAAUAGUUUAAAACAAAUGAUGAAACUUGCCUUUAGUAUUUAUCAAAACUUUUGAUGUGAUGCACAUUACUUUAAUGUCACAUUAUAGUGUUUGGUUCAUUUAAUUUUUUUAAUAUUACCGUAAUUUAUAUUUACAAAAUAUAUUAUAUCAUCUUCAUUACAUCACUUUUAUAAAUGCAGGUGAUCUUACGUUACUUAUGGCAAACACUUUAAUGUGAGUACGUGACUUUAAGGUAAUGUGCAUCAUAUUAAUGGCAUAUCAUAAGCACAUCAAGGUGAACGAAAUGAUCUCCAAAGUAUAAUGCUUAUGAUCCAAUAUCUAAUAUGAAGGCAAAAAUAAAUAUUAGUUCUAUUUAGAUUUUUACUUAAAGUCUAGAGACUCAAAAAAUUUGACACUUAUUGUUAUGGCAGAUUGUUUGUAGUAGUAAAAAGUGAUGGUGGACUUAGGUGAGAAUCAGUAAAAACUUGCCAACUCA